AUGAAUAAAGGAACUCUGGUCUACGAUGAUAGCCUGACGGCAGGUGAUGUAGCGGAUGACAUGACGACAAUACAGAGUGAUUCUGAUACCGAAGAAGAUGAAGGAGAUGAUUACGAUAAUGACGGUGAAAACGACCACAGCAAACUCGGUGAAGAUGGUGAACACGAAGAUAAAGGAACGACACCUCCAAUGCCAAACUGUUCACUACAGAUAUUGUUCACUGUCGCCAUGGAAAUUAGAAAGCUUCUGAAUGAAUGUAAAGGAGUAGAUUCUGAUUGGCCGCCCGACUCUCAUGACCUGACUUUAGCGUUAGCAACAGCAUCAAUUCCAGUAAAGCUUCACAAUUUUUUAGCGUGGUGUCUGGGGUUCUCGUGCGAACCGGUUGAAAACGAAACGGUAGCAAUCAGUCCAAUCGAGAGAACGAAAGUGGUAUCAAUAGCACAAGACCUGGUAUAUGCGGAAUCAAAAGGAAGGAAACUAACCCACAAGUCAUUGGCCCUUGGAAUGGCAGUUCGACAGAUAACCGGGUCAAUUCGACUACUCAGAAUCCUACACGGUUUAGGACAUACCACAUCAACAUCCACCGUCUACAAACACGACACUGGGCUAGCUUUAGCCAGUAGCAAGGGACAGGAAAUCAUAAUACCACGGAAUAUCAACCCGGGAGUGUUUGCCACUCUCGUUUGGGACAACAAUGAUUUCAAUGAAGAAACUGUUUCGGGUAAAGGAACUACGCACGUUGCAAAUGGAAUUAUUUUGCAGAAUGGAGACAUCAGAUUGGGGGAUAAAGUCACAGUGAGUAAGAAGAACCGCACCGUUAAAGCACCAGAAACCAAUAUCAUCCCUUACACUAGCCGUGAGAAAGGAACUAUAUCCCUCCGAAGUCACAGUUCUGACAUUUCACUUGAAGAGCACAGCUAUCGACAUGAGCAAGACGUGCCAAGGAAUGCUGAUUUUGUGCACACGUUAGCCAGAAAGUACGCCUCUGAUCAAGGGGGUAAUCUACCUGGAUGGACAGGAUUCAACACGCAAGUUUAUAAAGAUGUCCCAAAGGUUUCCAAAAUUGGCUACUUGCCAGUCAUCGAUGCACCAGUUACUGACAUAGCAACAGUCAACACAAUACUCCGACACAGUGUUUCUAUCUGCACUCGCCUUCAACUGCCAGAAAUUGUGUUAGUAUUCGACGAAGCCCUAUAUGCCAAAGCUCAACAGAUAAGAUGGAAGGAUGAAGAGUUAAAGAAUCGACUUGUAAUUCGCCUUGGUGACUUCCACACAAUUAUGUCAUUUUGUAGUGCUAUAGCCAAAAUUUUCAAAGACGCAGGACUACAAGUAAGUUUUCAGUUAUGUUUUCACUUGUUCCUAUUUAUCAGCAUGCAUGUGUGUCAGUUUGUGUGUGUGUGUGUUAGUCUGUCUUUGUCUGUCAAUGUGUCAGUCCGUGUUUGGGUCAAAUAUAUCCAAUGAUGUAAUUUUAUGUCGGUAUAAUUUCAGGACAUUAUGAUCGAAUCAGAGCUGGUUGCAUCGGGAUCUGUGAAUGGCGUGCUGUCUGGAAAACAUUACAACCGUUCUAUAAGGGCUCAUAAAAUCAUCUAUGAGGCGAUGGAAAGGUUACGUUUUCAAGCCUUUGAGAAAUCUUUACCAACUACAGAAAAUAGUCCACUCCACGCGAUUGGUAUUAGUGUACAAGAAGAUUCGGAAAGGGAGAUGUUUGUGGAUAUCUGCACCAGCAAUAUUGUCACCGAUGCAAAAACGAAGUACGAGCUGUUCAUUAAGAAGCGAAGCAAAGAAAACCCGCUGUUUGCAUUCUGGUCUAAAUAUAUCGACAUGGUACAGCUGCUUUUACUUUACAUCCGAGCGACUAGAACAUCAAACUGGACACUCCAUCUCAGUUCCUUAAGAUCUAUGAUCCCCUGGUUUUUCGCCACAGAUCGCGUGAAUUAUUCCCGGUAUGCACCAUGCUAUUGGCUAGAAAUGAUGUGCCUCGAGGAAACUCACCCAUGUAAGUGUAUCGAUUUUUAUGUUGCAUUUAAAACAAUUUGUCUAAUCUGACGAGCUGCACGAUUAAUGUCACGAAUAAUCUAUUUUGUACCCCAUACAGUAGCGUAGCCAGCCCGCCGAUUUAGUGAUUUGAAAUUUGCAUAGCGGGACCAAAUCGGCGGGCUGUCUACGCCACGGACCCAUAUAGUGUAGUAAGUAAGUGGACUGCAAAUUGCAAAUGUCAAUGUGUCUUUACGAUGGAUGUUAAUACGUUUUGUCUUUCAAUCUUUGUUUUGUAUUACCUCUUUGGUAGAUGUGGCCGCAAACAUUGAAGAUAACUGGACUGUUCAAAGACAAGAGGGAUAUGCGUUCUCAGGCGUGGCAUGUGAUCAAACGAUUGAACAAACCCUGAACAGGUUAGAAUUCCCUCACAUAUAAAACACAGAAAAUGUUUGAAUUUUGAAGGCUGUAUUUCUUUUGUACAGAGAUUCUAAAAUGAAAGGUGGUAUGGUAGGAAUGACGUUGAACAAAGGAGCUGUGCAUCGUUGGUUAAUGGGACAAGCAGAGAGAAGUGCAAUUACCAGACAGUGCGAAGCCAUGGCAAACGUAACCGAAUUUAAAAGGUAACUUAAUAUUUCAAUGUUGCAUUAUUAGUGUAUUACCAUGCUCACCUCGGGUUCUUUCCUGUCCGAGUGAUUUAACCACUAAAUUUACUUACAAACGAGGGAUGUUUGUCAAAGUCCACUUUUCCACAAACACCCUUCGGAAGGGUAGGUAGAUUUAAUCACUAAUUUCCUUUCAGUACGUAACCAAACGGAUAAUAUGCAUAUUUACAAAAAUAUUUAUAAUUACUCUUUUUACUCAGGACUAGAAAAGAUUUGGACAAAACAAAGAUAGAAGCGAGUGAAAAAGCGGUACUGGAUGUCACCCUAACGAUGGAAGCCAUGAUAAAUCCCUUCGAGAACGACCACGGUGUAUUAGUGCAUUUAGCAAGCGGAACUAUUGCCACAUCUGCAGUAGUGAAUGACAUGGGAUCUAUGCUAGAAAAGGGCGAAAGUGCUGCACUGAAAUUCAUGAAAACCCAUAUUGUUGGAGAAGAACCGAAUAUCUACUCAACAAUAACCAAAACAAACUUACAAACAUUCUCUGUUUUAGGAAAGAAGGUCACGAGCAAGAGUAAGAAAGGCGAACUUGUGGCAUUGAAAAACUCGAAAAUUCUUUUCGCAAAAAUGCUUCUGAUUCCUAGGAGUCGACAUCUACAAAUGGAGAAAGUACUGAAAUAUUCUCUACGCCCAUUUCCACGCGCAUUGGCAACAAACGAAGGAGAUCUGGUGAAAACUGUGAAGGCGAAAUUACUUCAUGCCAUUGAAGAGGAAGUUCAAGGUAGUUCAGUCAAUCUUCCUGUUGGAGAAAAGGCGUACAUUCUAGAUGCAAUGGCAAUGUUGCAAACGUUGACAGUUCUUCCAGUUACAUUUGGUGAACUAGCAAUCGAUCUACUUAUAAGAGUUGUCAACGCUGCAGUAUAUUCCAAUUUCAAACGGGUGGAUUUCGUCUGUGACCGCUAUCCGCGGCAAAGCAUCAAGAAUCUAGAGAGGGAUAGGCGAGCUGUGGGCGGCGUCCAAGUGAUUCGCAUUUAUGGUGAGCAACAGCGGGUCCCACGUCAGUGGAAAAAGUUUAUGUCUUCUGGCGAAAACAAAGAAGAGCUGAUGAAACUCUUAUUUGAUGCCUGGAAAAAGCGGAUCCGCAGUUGUUAA